UCCCUCCGCCCCCGCCCCCUCAGGGCUCUGGCGGCAGCUGAGUGAAAGCUACGGGCCGGGCCGCAGAGCGCGGGGCGGCGGAUGGGACGCGGGUGCCUGGCAGAGUUGUUGUUCCGGCAGCGCCCGCGGAGACGUGAGGAGUUUUGACCAAGUGGAUGUGGGAAGAGAAGUUUGCCGAACUGAAAUGGAGGUCAGAACUUCAAUACAGAAGGUUACUGGGUCAUCUGAUUCUGUGACUACACGGAACAGUGAAGAGUUUGUUUUUGUUCCUCAGCAUGCAGAUGAUACUUCUACAAAAGGUGAUGAAAAACCUCAACUGAAGAUAGUUUCUAAUGGUGAUGAACAACUGGAGAAGGCCAUGGAAGAAAUUUUGAGAGACUCUGAAAAAGGGCAAAGCAGUCUUUCUGUUGAUCCUCGAUCUUCCAGUGAGAUUUCAGUAGACAAUUCAUUUGGAGAUGUUUCAGCUAACCAAACAAAUAAGCCAUCUCUUCAGUUAAUUUUGGAUCCAUCAAAUACAGAAAUUUCUACACCCAGACCAUCUUCUCCAAGUGGACUACCUGAAGAAGAUAGCGUUUUAUUUAACAAACUGACCUACUUAGGAUGUAUGAAGGUUUCUUCUCCACGUAACGAAGUGGAAGCUUUACGGGCAAUGGCAGUUAUGAAAUCAUCCAGUCAGUACCCCUUUCCCGUUACUCUGUAUGUGCCAAAUGUUCCGGAAGGUUCUGUCAGAAUCAUAGACCAAUCUAGCAAUGUGGAGAUAGCAUCUUUUCCAAUCUAUAAAGUGUUAUUCUGUGCACGUGGACAUGAUGGGACAACAGAGAGUGAUUGCUUUGCAUUUACAGAGAGUUCCCAUGGCUCAGAAGAAUUUCAGAUACAUGUUUUCUCCUGUGAAAUUAAAGAGGCAGUAAGCAGAAUUUUAUAUAGUUUCUGUACAGCAUUCAAACGUUCUUCCAGACAAGUGUCUGAUGUUAAAGAUUCUGUUAUUCCAACCCCCGACAGUGAUGUGUUUACCUUCAGUGUCUCCUUGGAAGUAAAAGAAGAUGAUGGAAAAGGAAACUUUAGUCCUGUACCUAAGGAUAGAGAUAAACUUUAUUUCAAAUUAAAACAAGGAAUAGAGAAGAAGGUUGUGAUUACAGUGCAGCAACUUUCUAACAAAGAAUUAGCUAUUGAAAGAUGUUUUGGAAUGUUAUUAAGCCCAGGUCGAAACGUGAAGAACAGUGACAUGCAUUUACUGGAUAUGGAAUCCAUGGGAAAGAGUCAUGAUGGGAGAGCUUACGUUAUCACUGGCACAUGGAACCCUAAUGCACCAAUAUUUCUGGCACUUAAUGAAGAAACCCCAAAAGAUAAACGAGUGUACAUGACUGUGGCAGUGGAUAUGGUAGUCACAGAGGUGGUGGAGCCUGUCCGCUUUCUCCUGGAGACAGUAGUUCGUGUGUACCCUGCAAAUGAGCGAUUUUGGUAUUUCAGCAGAAAGACUUUUACAGAGACCUUCUUCAUGAGGUUGAAACAGUCUGAGGGAAAAGGCCACACCAAUGCUGGAGAUGCAAUAUAUGAGGUGGUGAGUCUACAGCGAGAGUCUGAGAAGGAGGAAGCAAUCACUCCUACUAGUGGAGGGGGUCCACUGUCACCCCAGGAGGAUGAACUAGAAGAGGAGAGUGAUAAUGAACUCUCAAGUGGAACAGGAGAUGUGUCUAAGGAUUGUCCUGAGAAGAUCCUAUAUUCUUGGGGAGAAUUGCUAGGAAGAUGGCACAGUAACCUUGGUGCACGGCCGAAAGGGCUGUCCUCUCUGGUAAAGAGUGGCAUCCCUGAAGCAUUGAGGGCAGAGGUAUGGCAGUUAUUGGCAGGCUGCCAUGACAACCAGGUGAUGUUGGAUAGAUACCGAAUUCUUAUCACAAAGGACUCAGCCCAGGAAAGUGUUAUUACUCGAGAUAUUCAUCGUACAUUUCCUGCACAUGAUUACUUUAAAGAUACUGGAGGAGAUGGUCAGGAAUCGCUCUAUAAGAUCUGCAAGGCCUACUCUGUCUAUGAUGAAGACAUUGGGUACUGUCAAGGACAGUCAUUUCUUGCUGCUGUAUUGCUGCUGCAUAUGCCAGAGGAACAAGCAUUCUGUGUUUUGGUAAAAAUCAUGUAUGACUAUGGUUUGCGAGACCUCUACAAAAACAACUUUGAAGAUCUUCAUUGCAAAUUCUAUCAGAUGGAGAGACUAAUGCAGGAGCAGUUACCAGACCUGCAUAGCCAUUUUUGUGAUCUGAACCUGGAAGCUCAUAUGUAUGCAUCCCAGUGGUUUCUCACUCUUUUUACUGCCAAGUUCCCGCUCUGCAUGGUCUUCCACAUCAUUGACUUACUGCUUUGCGAGGGUUUGAAUAUAAUCUUUCAUGUAGCCUUGGCUCUCCUAAAGACCUCAAAGGAAGAUCUGCUGCAGGCUGAUUUUGAAGGUGCUUUAAAGUUCUUCAGAGUUCAACUUCCAAAGAGAUAUAGGGCAGAGGAGAAUGCAAGAAGAUUAAUGGAGCAGGCAUGCAAUAUUAAGCUCAGGUGGGUGUGUGCAUUGGCCCUGUGCUGCAUUAGGAUUUUUCCUUGGAUUGUCUGGUCUGGAGCUGGGACAGCAGCCACUGCCGUGGAAAAGCCAGCUGGCAAGAUGAUGGAAGAAAUCUCUAUUAUGGUAGCUUAUGACGCCCAUGUUUUCAGUCAGCUGCACGAUGAAGACUUCCUCACUAGUCUGGUGGCCACCAGCAAACCCAGGUCUAUGGUGCCAACCAAGAAGCUGAAGAAAUAUGAAAAAGAAUAUCAGACAAUGCGAGAGAGUCAGCUGCAGCAGGAAGACCCGAUGGAUAGAUACAAGAGGGAAAACCGAAGGUUACAGGAGGCCAGCAUGAGGUUGGAACAAGAGAAUGAUGACCUCGCCCAUGAACUAGUAACCAGCAAAAUUGCUCUGCGGAAUGACUUGGAUCAGGCAGAAGACAAGGCAGAUGUAUUGAAUAAGGAGCUCCUCCUGACCAAACAGAGGCUUGUGGAGACUGAGGAAGAGAAGAGGAAGCAAGAGGAAGAGACUGCCCAGCUAAAAGAAGUCUUCAGGAAACAGCUAGAGAAGGCAGAAUAUGAAAUAAAGAAAACUACAGCUAUCAUUGCAGAGUAUAAACAGAUUUGUUCCCAGUUAAGUACCAGGCUGGAGAAACAGCAAGCAGCCAGCAAGGAGGAGCUGGAAGUGGUAAAGGGUAAAAUGAUGGCAUGUAAACACUGCAGUGAUAUUUUCAGCAAGGAGGGUGCUUUGAAACCAGCAUCCAUAAGCAGAGAAGACCAGGGAAUUGAAACGGAUGAUGAGAAGGACUCACUUAAGAAACAGCUGAGGGAGAUGGAGCUGGAAUUGGCACAAACCAAACUGCAGUUGGUGGAAGCCAAGUGUAAAAUCCAGGAACUUGAACAUCAGAGAGGAGCCCUUAUGAAUGAAAUCCAAGCUGCAAAAAACUCUUGGUUUAGCAAAACCCUGAACUCUAUCAAAACGGCCACAGGCACCCAGCCACUGCAGCUGCCACAGGCAACCCAGCUACCCAAGGAGAGCACAUAGUUCCAGCCUCACCCAGGCACAAGAGCACAACGAUCAAAGCAGCCGAAUCCUGGAAGGAUCCUUCCUGGUGUCCCUGUGAUGGAAAGUAAAGGAGACCAGAAAGCAAGCCAGAAUCUUUCAGCAACUCUCAUUUUUCUUGUAUGACACUUUUCAAAGAGAUGUUAUUUAAAUUGACCCAAUUUAUGUUGAUUCUCUAUUUUUCAGCUUCUCCAUCAAAAGCUAUGUUCAGAUCUUUCAUAGUAUUACACAGUUUAUAUGCCUGGAUGUUUAGUUGGAAAUAAGCAAUUCAGAACUUAAAUGCUUUUUAUUUAGAACUAAUUAUUCGUAAUUAUUUUUAUCUUACAUAAAAUGAAGAUGACGUCUAUUGCUCCAAGUUGGAGUGGUAGGAAGAUUUAUGUCACAGCCAAAAAAAAAAAAGGAAACCUAAGCCUUUUAACUUUUUAGGAUUUAUUCAGACAAAGCACACUGGAGGACUGGUUAUAACCAUUGUUAGCUUUCCUCCUAAAGGUGAUUUCCUGGGGUAAGGGAAGGAGAGAACGGACCAGGAAUUGAGCAGUCCCCAAAGAGAAUUGGUUUAUUUUCAUUCUCUGUGGGCACAUCUAGAAAUGAAGUGCCAAGAGCUUUGGAAUAGAUGGGCUAUCAAAAAUACGCACUAGGUGAAAGGAACUGAGAUUUUGAUAAAUGCAGGAUAAAAUUAAUCUUUUUGGCCACCAUAUUUUAACAGGUCUUUUUAAGAGCUCCAUGUGGGAAUUGCAAGUACCUGAGAUUGUCUAAGUAUGAAUACAGCUGUAACUUCUGGCAAACCUGAAGUCAGAGGUGUCUAUUGUGAGUUGCAAUUUAGGGAACCUUCAUCAGAGAAGCCUAGAAAGACUUGGCUGCUGUGUUUAGAAUGGACUAAAUUGUUCUAAAUGAAAAUAAGUGAGAAUGUAAAACCAAGGACAGAAUAUUCCAUUCCAUACUUGCUAAAGAAACACUAAUGUACUAUAACUGUUAAAGGGCGUAGUACUGAAAUGGGAAAUAGAGGUCAGCUUCACAUCAUCUUAUUUUAAUGUUAGGCAACUUUUCCUUAUUUCUGUAGCUCCCUAAAACUGUGUCCUUGAUUAUUCUAGAAGAAGAGAUGCAAAUGCAUUUGUAACAUGCUUGUUUGAAUAUAAAACCUUUAUAGAAAUACUCAUAUCAUGGAAAGGUGAACUAUUGUUUAAAAAUUAAUGGAAAUUCUUUUUAAAUUAUAUUUAACAUGUCUAUUAAAUAGCCUUGCAGAAAAUCUUUUGGUAAGGGCAAAACUAAUUUAUCCAUUUUCUAAGCUAUUUUGGAGGCCUCUGGUCCUUUUAUGCUCACCAAACUACUGCCAGUUCUGUACAAUAACAUUUAUUCUUAUCUGAUUCUUAUUUGUCUUUUCUGUGCCAUAAGUUGCAAUUACUUAUGAAAGUAAAAAUGAAAGAAAAGCCUUCUUAAUUCCAGGGGCAGGCACUACCUGUUGGUCAUAGUGUAUCCUUUCCUCUAAAAUGAUUUUUAGGCUCUAAAAAAGUAAAGUCCCCUCCAUCUAUAAAUGUUUAGAUCAUCUAAAACCCAUAAAACUGAUAUGGUUAUUUAUCUAAUAACCUUUGUCACACUCAUCUUUCAGCAUAAUAUUCACCUUUCAGUUAGGCAAUUGAAUAUGUCCUAAAAUAUAGUGAAAUAUAGUGAUUGGUGGUAAUAUUAUUAUCAGACUGUCUAUUUUGACUUUAACAUUACCUACGUGGUGGUUUAGAAAAGCUAAUUUUUUAAAGUAUAAUUGCUAGAAAAUUAUAUCUUGCCACUUAUUUCUGUAAAUCAUUUAUAAUAAUCUUUUAACUCUACUGUUACUUUUCGUGCUAUACAAGUUGCCUUCUCAAAUGGUCAGCCUAAUUAAAGAUGCUCUUUUGUGGUGUAAGUCUCAAAGUUCUACUGUACAGAGCUUAUUUUUUACCUUUUAAAAAUUAAUACAUUCCACAGAAUGCCUACAUUAUGUAAUUUUCUUCAAAUGGUGGGUAAGGGACAAAUAAAAUGGCUCUAGGUCCAAUCCUUUAAAUAUAUAGAUCUUGUUCAAAUUCAUAGUUCCUUAUAUUUUUUUCUUUAAACAAAAUCAUCAGGUACAUACAUUCCAAAAGUUUGAUAAAUCUGUCUUUUCAGUUUUCCUUUACCUCUUUCAAAAGGUUAUGAUCAAUCUAUAGAUUUCCAUUCUUUUUCAGGCCCAUAUCAUACAUAUUGGUUAUGUCUAUUAGUACCAUAAGUCUAAGCUGAUUUUGGAUCAGUAACAAUAGUAAAGAUUGGAAAAGGAAAAGAUUUAAAUUUUGGGAUUUGAUAUAAGUGUUCAUGCAAUAUAUUACAAUAGCACUGUCUCAAACCACAAGUCAGUCACCAUGUAUUAUUUGAAAACUCAUGCAUCCCAGCAUUGACUGCUAGUUUUAAUUUUGCUUAUUUUUAGGUAUAUUUUGAAAAUUGCUGUUCUUCUCUGGAAUUUUGUUUUUUUUAAGAGAUCAACCAUCCAAAUAGCCAAGAAAUUUUCCAACUUUCUAGAGGUUUUCAUUUUUUUUUAUCUUUUCCUAAGAUAUACUAUAUAAAACAUGCCUCCAAAAACCCAACAUUUGCAACAUUCUGAAAAAUUAUUAUUUUUAUUUCCAUUAAAUUCUGCAGAAUAAAUUAAGGGAAGGAAAUUCAACUUGAUAAUUCAGUUCAUUAGCUUUUGUAUCUUGAGAAUCUUGUUUAACACAUUCUUUGACACUUAAAGAAUCUAAACUGAAUUUUGCAGUGCAUGUGUUUGUAGCUUCCCGUAUCCUGAGCCACAUCACAGUUGGUUAUAUUUAGCUACAUAUAAUUUAAUUCAAAGAAAUCCUCAGUCACCUAAUGUUCUGUAUAUCAGCACAUACCAGAAAGGCUAACAGCAAUGCUGUUAUUAUGGCCCAUCUUUCCAUACAACCAACCUUCUCUCAACUAUGAAAUUAGUCACUUAUUCUUCAUUGACUAUUUUAAAUUACACUAGUAAAGUAGAAAAACAACUUUUAUGCCAAUGUUGGGAUAAUUAGUAGUAUUUAUAUAUUUUUUUUUGUUUUUUUCAAAAUUUGCAUUCUUUCCUACUCUAUACUAAUUAUUUCUUUUUCUCCUACCCCUAUAUUUUCCAGUUAAGAACUAUUGGUCCAUUUUUUAGCUGAACUGAGAAAACAGAGAAUACAGAAAUCCUAGGGCACAAGAGGUAACAGAGUCUUCAAAGGAGUUGGUCAGUCACCUAGGAUGAGAAUCACCGAGGUAACUAAUACAAGGGAUUGAGCUUUCUUUCAUGUUAGCUGAAGACAGUUUACUGACUAUUCCACCACCACCAUGCAUCCAACACAAAGGUGGUUAUCUGGUCUUACGUCACCUUUAAGGAAAAAAAUACAAAAAAACCACGUUUCUUUAAAUUAAAUGCCAUGCUUGCCUCAUAUUUCUAGGAAAGAAUACUUCUAAUUACUUAGCAAGAUGAUUAGAUUACUACUGUAUAACUUACCAUUAAAAAAAUCAAGCUCUAAAAGAACUCUGAUCCUUUUGCUUCAAUUACAAAUAAACAACGGAAUGAACAAACUCUGUUUUAUGAUUUGAACACUUGGAUUUUUGGGGGUGUGAUUGGUAGAAUUUUAUAUAGAAUAUCCCUGCCUAUUUUGUAUACCACGUACCAUGCAACCAAAUAUACAUUGAGAUUUUAAGACAUGGUGACCAAAGCCAGAAACCCAGGUAAUAGUUCUGUGGCCCAUGUUUCCUUCUACCAGAUACAAAACUCUCCUUCUUUCCCUCUAGUUGCUUGCUUAUGGUCACACUAAGCUAGAAUUGCCCUAAAACUUCCUUCCUCUCAUGGCUUCCUUGUAAUACAGGAAACCCUCUUAUCCUUCAAAGCUACCAUAAGGAGGACUUCAAGUGGGCUGCAUCUAAAUAGGAGAAGAGGAUCUUGACUUGUAAUAGGAAAAGUAUAUGCUUACAAAGUAUUUUAGGGAUGUCAGUCAGCUGUAGGGCCUUUCUCAGUUUCCAUCUAAGAGUCAAGCUUUUCUCCAAAUGCAUCUGUUCUCUGCUAUAAAAACAUUUUCAUCAACGUAACCCAUUCUCCUCAGUCCCAUCCCUGGUUUAUCACUAGGAGUAUUCUGACAAGUUUAAUCUAAGAAAAAAGAAUCAUUGAGUAGAAAAUUAAAGGUUUAAGUUACUCCCCUUUUUCACUGGCAACUAUUUAACAUGUAGGUUUAUUUCCAUGAAUAUGUAACUUUUAAUAAUUAUAUUAUCUAUGGAAUAAAACAUAGGAAACUGAAUUGUAAGGAUAUCAAUGCUUCAAAAGACUCUGGUGUCAUGAAAGUACAAGAAUAAAGCUGGAAAUGGUCCCAGAAUCCAAGAUGUCCCAAUAGCCUUUUGCAUCAGUUUCUCUAUUUUUGGUAUUUUUCAUAAUGCAUGGAUCUCUACUUAGUUCAAAUGAGGGAAAAAGUUUCAGUCAGCCCCACCUCCUCUUUCCAACUUCUGCCGUUCCCUUGCUGAGGAGGUAGAAAUUCCGUACUAUUUUUAUGAAUUAUUAUGAUUUUGCUCAGGAUUUCUCUAAUGAAAACAAGUUCUAGAAUAAAGGAGCUGAUUAACCCCAACAGCACUAAUUGACUACAAAAGAAACAUUAGUGAUUGCCUAUUCCUCUAUGAACACUGACCUGACUGAUUAGAUGUUUCCAUAACUCCAUGUAUUAUGUACACUCUAUAAAUGUAAAUGUAAUGCUUGUAAGAAAAGUGCAAUUUAUUGUACAUUGUCCCAACAAAUGUUUACUUUUAUAAUCGUUAUGAACUUGAAUUGAAUUAGUAUCUUGUUUUCAUGUGUGAAUGAAGCCUUGUAAAAUAAACAAAUGCAACCAAGAAGGUAACAAGGUGCCUGUUUUAGUGAGCCAGUGAUGUUUUCAAUGCUUUGUGUUGCUCCAUUUGCCCCAUUAAGUAGUAAUAAACAUUGGUUCUUAAGUCCA